GUAGACAUGUGCUGAUGAGCCCAUUAUUGUGAGCUGCAGACAUGUAUCCCAGGCCUGUUAUUAUUCUGUCAUUAUCAUGUCCUCUAUCAAGGAGCUCCGCACUGAUGUCUGUCUGGAACACUACAAAGGUCCCGUUGCAUGUCGGGUACAAUACUCCCUGCGCGCUCAAUGCGCAUGCCCGACAGAAAACUCCAUUAUUUUUUUUGCUCGGAAUCUGUAAGAAAAAAAACAGUGGGAAACUGUGAAUUUGGGAUUACAUGGAUCUUUAUGGUUGUCGGAAUACAUUUGAACGCCACACGGUUUAGCAGAGCAGAGACCAAAGCGACGGCUGGAUAAGUGCUCUACAUCUUCAUACAAGACCCUACUCUGAUGUGAACUGAACAAAUAAAUCUGUUGGAGCCAUUCUCUAAAUUGAGGAUCUGCCUCAUAGCUGAGGAAAGUCCAGGUGUUUGAGCAUCAAGUCAGGUUUUACUGGCAGUCUGUGUGCUUCUAACCCACCAGCAUGUACAUUGGACAGUGGAUACCCUAGCCAAAACAGAUCGUGGCUUCUCAAAGAUGACAAGGUGCUGGCAGGCCACAGCUACAAAAUGAUGGGAGGCAGUGAGACUGUAAGUGGGGACAAGGAUGGGGUCCACACCACUGCAAUACACGUCCCCAUCGGCUGGCAGAGGAGAGUGGAGAUCGGGCAGGUGCUCUAUGUCAGUCCCAGUGGCACUGCCCUCUCCUCUCUGGACGAGGUCAAGACCUAUCUGUUGACUGAUGGCACCUGCAAAUGUGGUCUUGAGUGUCCACUCAUCAUCCAUAAAGUUUUCAACUUCACUGUGGGAGUGAAGGUGGAGCAGCACAGCCACCCACUAGGCAAAGCAGAGCAGGACAUGACCAAACUGUGUAACCACCGCAGGAAAGUGGUAGCGAUGGCGGCUCUGUGUCGGAGUAUGCAGGCCUCACAGCUGCCCUAUGCUAACCUUCAUCAUCCAGAGAUGAGCAGUGGGAUGGACAGCCGCGACUCAAAGCGAGUACUUGUGGAGCGGGAAGAACAGGACCAUGGAAUUUACCAUCACAAACUCCAUCCAGUUCCAGCCCGAUCCCACAGCAACCUCCAUAUAAACCCCUGCGCCAGCCCCAAAUCCUCACACCAGUUUAUUUACCCCUACAACGGUUCCUCCCCUGUGCUUCACACAGGCACAAACUCUCACCAUCCGCUGGAUGCUUUGAGAAGGCUUCACCAUCCUCCUCCUGCUCCUGUCUCCUCCAGCUCCUCCUCCACCUCCUCAUUCCCAGCAUACAAUACUGCCCAGAGGUCACCCCGCACCCCUACACCUCAAGGUCAAAGAACACCCAAAACCCCAGAGACUCCGGGUUCCCCUCGGCUAGGGCCUCUCUCUUCACCUCCUCCCUCUUCCCCUAUGACUAUAGGCGGAGGAGGAGGAGGAGGAAGAGGAGCACAGACUCACGGCCAUCAUCCUCAUGGUGUCAUUGUGGGAGGCUCCCCCCUCUCCCCGUCUUCCUCCCUCUCUCCCUCUGUCCAUAACAUGAACUGUGUGUCUCCUCACCAGCGGUCCCGCCACCCUUCAGCCUCUCCUUCCCCUCUCUCAGAUCAUGGAGGAGGUUCAAUAACAGCAGGAGGAGGACUGAUGGGAAGUAACUUGCCUCAGAGAAGGAAAUCCACCUCCUCCUCUCCACACUCUCCUCUCCCUGGUGGCUCCCCAAACCCCAGCCCCCACUUCCCCAAGUACAAGCUGGAAGACAUCUUGGAGCAGUUUAAGAACUCAGGCAACAGCAGCACUAAUAACCACCACCUCCUAAUCCCUUCUAACCCCUCCUUACUGACCAACCAAAGCGGUAGCAACCCUAAUGCUCUCUCCUCGAAGCCCUCAAAGAGUACCAUGAGUCCGAUUCCUAGCACAGGACCACCGGGCUUUGGUUUGAACUCUGCAGGGACUUCUAGUUUACCUCUGGGGCCAUUUCUGAACCACCACCACCACCACAGCCAUCAGGGCAAGCUGCCUCACCCGGCUUCUUUCCCUGCGAGUAGCCUGCUCUCUGCGGCUGCCAAGGCUCAGCUGGCUAACCAGAUAACCCAGGGACAGAGCUCAAAGGUGGCCAGCAAUCCAGUGAGCUUGUCCUCUUCUCUGGAGGUCUUGAAAGAGACACAGCAGCAACAGUCAUCAAAGGUAACAAACAGCACUUUACAUAACAGCCACCCUCCCUCCUCCAAUGUUUCUACUAGGCCUCCCCAUCCCUCCCUUGCAGCAGCCUCCUCCGUCCUUUUCCCUCCAUCCCACUCUCUGGCCCAGUCCCUGGCUUCCUCCUUGCCCCACCUGCCUUCCACAGCAGAGCGCAAUGCGUCGCACAGGAAGAGGCAGCGGCGAUCUCCCACAGUGCUCAGCAUGCUGAGAGACACCCAGCACCUGCCUAAUGGGCCACGGAAGACCCCACCUGGAGAUUCCGUUUCUGCUACAGUUAUCAACCUAUCCACCUCUUCCUCCUCCUUCCCCUCCUCCUCGCACUCCUCCUCUACCUCAGCUGUUCAGAACCAGAAUGCUGUCAUGUUAGAAAACCAUCAUCAUCUCCUCCCCGGGCAGACGACAAGGCUUCCUGCUCCCAGACAGAUGGCACACCUUUCCAGGCCUCCUAGACAAAUGGAGGCUCUGGAUUUCACUACAGGCCCGACAUCUUCACCUCUUGGUUUGGACCCUCCAACCCAGCCUCUGUCUGCUCUGUUGCACCUGCUCAGUGUGCAGAACGCACAGGCCUCAGCAUCGAACCCCGCUUCAGCUCAGACAGGAUCUGUGUCCAUUGAAGGAGGUGGACAAACUAAUAAACAGAGCCCCAGACGGUCACCCUCCUCUCCCGCUCCUCAUUCUAACAUCAGGCACUCACAGACUCGGUCACCGUGCCGAACAAGUAACACUAAUCCUCUACCCUCGGUGCUACAGCCGCUUUCUCCUCCUCCGACUUCCUCUCAAGUCAGAUCAGUGCAGUCUCCGUCACAUUCUCAGUCAUCUAAGUCAAGCCCUCGACAGAGACAUUCUCCCUGUACAAUGCUGCCCAACUCAAAUUUAGCUUUACACAACAGCAGCAGCCCAUCUCGGCAUACGUUCUCGACUCCCUCAGACAAGCAGCAGCUAACUGAGAAUCACAUUCCCACAAUAGACGCUGUUUCCCAGGCACCAGUGCGGGAAGCCUCACCACAUCGCUCUAUGGAAGCAGAGAUUCGUAGUAACAGCACAUCUGCAUCAGUGGACCUGAUUCACUCUCAAGGCAGUGUUUCUAUGGCGAUAUCCAGCUCCCCAAAGCCUCUUGAUCUUAGCAACCAUGUCCUGGCUCUUCUCGCAGCAUCUUCCACCGUACCCCAGGGGGAGGGCAGCUCCUCCGACCGUACCACUGAUGUUGUGAUGUCUUCCCACGGAAACCCUACAGCAGGGCCAGAGGAGCCUCGAUGUGUGGACCCUAAGGCCUCCAUAGUGACCAAACCCCCGGCAGACACAAGCCCCGGGCCUGCCAUCUCCUCUCGCCUUGGGGACAAUCACAGUCCUCAUACACCUCCAGCUGUUGCUGACUCAACCUCCCCCUUACCUCUGGCAGAGGCCUUCCCCUUCAUGAACCAAGAGCAGCUGCUGCAGCUGUUGUCAUCCACAGGUGGUCUACCAUCCCUCCUGGACCCUGCAGUCUUGGCUUCAUUGCCACUCGGCGGGCUGUGGUUGGGAGGGCAACAUGCACAGAUACCCCCUGCCAAUGCUACGCCACAACCACCACAGACUCUUGCAGAGCAGCAGCAAUCAGAGCAGCAACAGCAGUUACUGAUACAGCAAGAGACGCAGCAAAACCAGGAUCAACAACAGAAGCAGCAGCAGAUAAACAACAAUCCUCUGUUUCCUUUGUUGCCCUUGUUGAGUGGUGCCCAAGGGGAGCUGCCUCUGAACCUUUUGGGACUGCUAAACCCGCUCCUACCCCCCACCUCAGCCCCUACCCCAGGACAGGAAGCUGAUUUAGGGCUAAACGAAAAACCUAGCCUUCAGGCUCUGCUUAUGGCCUCCUUGUUGCUCGGGCAACACCAGGCACCUUUGUUACCUCUAUCUGGCCUGGGUCAGUUGAGCCAGGUCAGCUUGGAAGUUCCUCUCCAGCAGCCACAGCACAUCUCCACCACAUUAGAGGGCCUCACCUUGGAUAAGACCUCUGGCCUCCUGGAUCCAUCAACCCUAUCAGGCGCAGGGCUCUUGGAGGUCGCGCAGGGCCUUCUCCCCAUCCCUCCAGGAGCUGAGGGCUCCCUCCAAGCCCUGCAGUCUCUGCUCCUUCCUGCCACUCUUCCUCCUCCCCAUGCAGCCUUCCUGCCCCUCAGCCCUGCCUUGCUCACUGCUGCCCUGAGCUCUGCCGAGCUCCACCCGCAUCCCCACACCCAAUUAGCUCCUGCACAGCAAACCCAACAUACCCAACCUCAGGUACCAACUGAUGCUAGUGUUGACACCCUCAUCCCCCUAUCUCUCCAAGGCAAAGACAACCCUAUCCUCCAACAGUUACUGCCCACUUUGCUUAACUCUGCUGUUUUAGGAGAUCUUUCUGGCAUCCCAGGCCUCCACAACAUGUUAGGGAUUGGAGCAGGAUCCAUCCUCCUACCCCCAGUCCAAACCUCUGCCUUGGGCAUGCCUCUGUUACACGGUCCUGAUGGAGCUAUCAACUUGCUUAACAACAUACAGCUUAACCUUGCACCACCCUCAGAAGGAGAGAAGCCAAUGUCAUUGCAGGAAACGCAGAGCCCUGCCCCACAGGAAGACAUUCCAGCCAGUCAGAUGGUUCCUGAAGUGGUCCCCAGUCCUGCCCCAGCUCCAGUUUCAAUCCCUACCCAAGAACACACCCCACCCUCACAUCGUGUAUCUGAGGGGAGGCCUGUUAUCGAUCCUUACACAUCUUUCAUGGACACGAUUUAUACCUCCUUCCUUCAAGUCAGUGCUAAAGAGCAGGAAGGCAGGGCCCACAUGGGGCCCUCUGACCCCACUUCACCCUUCUGUGCCUUACCACCGGUUUCUUUCCCUGUGGAACACCAAACCCCAUCCACCCCUGUCCCAACAUUACCCCAGGCAAGUGCCCCAGUCUCCCUCAGCCCACGUCGGGCCUGUUCCCUCCGCAACCCAGACUUAUCCCGACUCAGCUUGGAAGCAGCAGCCCAUUCCCCAGCCCAGGGGACGCCCAAACCCACCGAGGAUGGGUCUACGUCACCCUUACAAAGGAAACCGGUUAUGGAAGAGGGACAUACCCACCCAGAGCCUCCUCUGCCAUCCAUAUACUUGGAGGAAGCUAAGACAGACUGUACCGGGCCUGCUGCAUCUGUGUGCCCCUAUGUGGAGGCAGGGGUAGAUAGGCAAGGGCAUCUUUCCCAUGUGGGCUACCUCAGUCCCAGGGAUGGAUGCAGUGGGAGGCCCAAUGAGGAGACAGCUGGGACAUUGCUGCAUGCCGAACAGGGAAGGGAUCAAGCAGGAGCAGCGGGUGGAGCCAGAAGAGGAAGGAAAAGGAAACAAACGCUACAGAAUGUGUUAGAAGACUUCAGAGACAUGGAUACUACAGCACUAGAGGAAACCAAGGCUGCGACAGCACUGCUGAAGCCCGAGAGGUCAGUCCGCGGCAGGAGGCGACGAGGCGCCAGGUCACAGAGGCAGUGAUUGGUGGAGGGAGCUGUAAGUCAGAGCUGUUCACCAACCAAAGGCGGCCAGACGCCUCUCUUUCCCCCUCCAUCUCGCCACCAUCUUCACCACUGUUUAGACCUUUCUUUUGUUAUUCAACUGCACCAAUAUUAUGCUGUUGUCAUGUCAACCAUUGUAAUGGCAACCACUAUGAAAAAAACACAUAGGAGAGAGAGAUCUAGUCUGAAAAGCUAAUUUAUAAAAAGUGACAAAAAAAAUGGAAGAGGAAUUUUGUGGAUACUUUUACACUUUGGUCUUCUCUUAGGUCUAGUUCACAAAAUAAUGGUUGCGUGACAUUUUGAUCAGAGAUCUGUUAAUUAUGGUUGGCGUUAGAAUUAUAUCAAUGAGAAAAUACAAAAAAACAAGAGUACUGUUUUCUUCUCAUCAGUGUAUAACUGUGAGUCAGGAUAAAGCCCAACUACUUGAACGAUGCUCUCUGUUAAAAGUGUGUCUGUAAGUGUGUGGAUGUGCGUGUCUUUUUGUGUCUGACUGUGUGUUGGACAACAGUGCUAUUGCUGAGCCCCUCACUGUCCGACCGUUAGUGAAAUUUAUUUUCAUUCUAGUAAACGAGACCCUGUCUGUUUGUAAGAUAAAGGUAUCUUUGCAGAGACGCAGUGGUUGCAUUUCAAAGAAAUGUUUUGAAGGGUUUCAGAAGGUGCUGGAAGAGAAUAUAAGAAGGAACAGACUGGAGUUUUCUGUUUUUUUUUUCUUUCACAAUAUAAAUAACUUUAUAUUGGACAAGCUAAGGAAAUAAUGUUCGCCGUAUCAGGUUUCAUGAAUCGGUUUACAUCAACCACUGGUCACACAGAAAAUACUGUUGUAUCAUGAUUCCACAUGUCCUGUGAGAUGCAUCACUAAUAACUUUAUAAACUGAGAUAAACAUUCAUUUAAGAAAUGAAGUUCUUUUGUACAACUCUUUGAAUUAUGUCAUAACCCGAUAGGAGACCCCAACAGGUCAGGAAUCCAGUUUGCAAGGUCCACAACAAAUGUGGAACAAUUCAGAAAGCAUAAUUUUCUCCCACCUUUCACAUGCUGUCAUUUUUGCUGUGAAGAAUUACAUGUAGCUGUGGUGUGAAGGAGACUAUUUAAUAUCUGUCGACUUAACACCCGCCCCAACUUUAACCACACAGCCAUGACUUAAAUGUCUGGAAAAAGGUAUUUGAUUUUGAAAUGGAAUAUUUACAGGAAUUCUGAGUUUUUACAAAGUACAGUAUGUCCUUUGAUUGGUUGAACGAAUGGCUGUAAAACCUAAACACAGGGAGCGAUGACGUUCUACGUGGAUCUGUUGAGUCCGUGUGUUACUGUGGAUUUGGAGUAAAAUCUUCCCUCUGUCUCCUCAUGUCACUGUUUGUUUGUUAGAGCUCUCCUCCACACACUGCCCUGCCCCAAGAGUACUGGCAUCUCUUGCUCUAUUUAAAAAAAAUUAAAAAGAAAAAAAAAAAGAAUUAAGCAAAGUGAAAAAGAAAGCAGAUUAUGCAAUUUCUACACUUGGAGAUUUGUACAUAUGUACAGUUAAUGUGUUUUAUUUUGAUUUUAUAUUGUUAGAGAAAGAGACAAGAGAGAAAACAAUGAAUUGUGAAUUUUUUCUGGGAAUUGUAAUUAAGUAUUUUUCUCAUUCUACCCCUUGUUUUCAAUACUUAUGUUUAAAAAGGCGAUUAAAUUUGUGGACUGUAGCUUUCUUUUUUAUAUGGGAGUCUUUUUUAUUUAAUAUUAAACUAUUUACAGAAAAUGUA